AUGCAGAUCAUCAACAGCAUUGUCCGGUUUUUCCAGGCCAUAUUUUCAAUCGUUGUCCUAGCGCUUUCCAUUUUACUUGCUCGUCAACAAUAUUAUGGCAAAGUCCCGUCUCAAACAAACUAUGCCGCUUUCACAGGUGCCCUGGGAAUUGUUGCAGCUAUAGUUGGGACUGCCUCAAUGUUCAUUGACCGUCUCAAGGGAAUCAUCUCGUGGGUUCUUGACGGGGUCACCGCAAUUGCUCUAUUGGCUGCUGGUAUCGCUUAUGCUGUGGCCUUGCGCGGUACUAAUUGCGACGAUGACAAAGUUGGUGGAAGUACCUGGGAUAACCCGUUGAUCAGCGGAGGUUGUUAUUACGAUGAUGACGGCAAUAAGUGGUGUCGUGACGGCGGAGUCGUUAAGAAGCGAUGUACACGCGCCACUGCCGAUACUGCAUUCAUGUUUCUUGCUUGUAUUGCUUGCAUUGGAGCACUGGUAUCCUCUUACAUCACCCGGCAUCGUUGA